AAACCCUAAGAAAAUGACUGGAGGAAUCUUCCUUCACUGGUCAGGGGCCCCUCACAGGGACCAGGGCGAAUGAUAACCAAGAUUAGAGUAUCCAGAUUCGAUGUAACCAGAACAUUCAACGGUAUUCAAGAAAAUUCUCGUUUUGGAGAGAUAAAGAUUCCGCACAGCUGUGGCCAUUGUUCUUGCAAGUAGGCGGAUUCCCCUUACUUGGCUACAGUUUUUCAGGUAAUCCGAUUUUAAGUAUUUACGGGAAUUACGGGAAAGAUUGGUCUACGGCAGUCUUCUUAUUGCUGGUCCGCUUUUGUGGACUACAGGGCAUAUUCAUUACCUAUAAGCAUAUUCAUUACCUAUAAAUACAUCUCGCCAUUUGUGCUCUGCUUAGUGUACUAGUCUUCUCGGGGUUAAGGGCAUAUUUAUUAGUUGCUUGAGCUUUGAAAAAAUCGUUUUGUAGGGUAGGUUAUUACCAGAGAGCAAUCCGGUACCUGUAUUUACAGUAAUUUGGGAUUGAGUAUUUGUCAUUAGUAAAAAUGGAGGCCGCCGCCGCCUUGCAGGCCGGAGGGCUGCCUGUAUUGCCAGCCGGAAGGAGUUCGAUGAAGAGUCAUUCUGUUAGUCUCAGCAAAGCAGAGAUCGUCUGCAAUUUAUGGGGCAAGAAAAAUCGCCGCUAUUCGGCUAUUAUAGCCGGAGCGGGAGCAAGCUGUGGCGGCCCUGUUGUGCCGGAAAUUUUGGACAGCGCAAGACUUGCAGAAGACUCUCGAAACCCUAUGGCCAUUGCUGUAGAGAUGCGGCGGCAGCGAGAAGAAGAAGAAGAAGAAGAUGAAGAUGUCCUAAGAGAAGAAUGCGGCGUGGUAGGGAUUUUCGGGGACGAGGAGGCGAGCCGCCUGAGCUACCUUGCAUUGCAUGCGCUGCAGCACAGAGGGCAAGAAGGAGCAGGGAUUGUGGCUGCUCACAAGGGAACACUGAAAGGGGAAACUGGAAUAGGGCUCGUUUCUGAGGUUUUCAAUGAAACCAAGCUGAGCCAGUUACCAGGGAACUCAGCAAUCGGUCAUGUGAGGUACGCGACCGCGGGGCCUUCGGAGGCCCGGAAUGUGCAGCCGUUUGUAGCGGGCUACCGAUUUGGCUCUGUAGCGGUGGCGCAUAAUGGAAAUCUGGUGAACUACAAGCUCCUGCGGGCGGCGCUGGAAGAUAAGGGAUCCAUUUUCAACACUUCUUCGGAUACAGAAGUGGUGCUGCACCUCAUAGCCACUUCCAAAGCGAGGCCUUUCAUCUCCAGACUGGUGGAUGCAUGCGAGAAGCUGGAGGGGGCUUAUUCGCUGGUGUUUCUCACGGAGGACAAACUCGUGGCGGUUCGUGACCCCCAUGGGUUUCGACCCCUGGUCAUGGGGCGGCGCAGCAAUGGAGCCGUUGUUUUUGCCUCUGAGACCUGCGCUCUGGACCUGAUUGAGGCUACCUAUGAAAGGGAGGUAAAUCCAGGGGAGAUAAUUGUUGUUGAUGCAGAUGGAAUCAGCAGUCUCUGUCUGUUGCCGCACAAGCAGCAGAAAGCCUGCAUUUUUGAACAUAUUUAUUUCUCUCUGCCCAGCUCGAUUGUCUUUGGGCGCUCUGUAUACGAAUCCCGCUACAAAUUCGGACAGAUUCUGGCCGAGGAAGCCCCCGCAGACUGCGAUGUGGUGAUCGCCGUGCCGGAUUCGGGUGUGGUUGCCGCCCUCGGCUAUGCCGCCCAGGCCAGGCGGCCAUUCCAACAGGGGCUCAUCAGAUCGCACUAUGUUGGCAGGACUUUCAUCGAACCCUCGCAGAAGAUCCGGGAUUUCGGCGUAAAGCUCAAGCUUGCGCCAGUCAGGGGCGUGCUGGAGGGCAAGAGAGUGGUGGUGGUGGAUGACUCCAUUGUUAGAGGCACAACCUCGUCGAAGAUCGUGAGGUUAAUUAAGGAUGCAGGGGCAACGGAAGUGCAUUUGCGGAUUGCCAGCCCACCCAUCAUCGGGUCUUGCUAUUAUGGGGUGGAUACUCCGAGCAAAGAGGAGCUGAUAUCGCACAGGCUGAGCACAGAACAGACCCGAAAGUUUAUUGGAGCUGAUUCUCUGGCCUUUCUGCCAUUGACGAGGCUCAGAGGAAUGCUGGGCGAGGAUGCACCGUCAUUUUGCGAUGCCUGCUUUUCGGGCGUGUACGCCGUUCCACCCAGGGACCUGCUGGCGGAACAGGGCAACCCACAUCCCGAAACCAUCGAUUUUCCCAAGAAUUUGAACGGAAUCCCCGUGUUGACGCCUCCUGAUUUCUCUCUGAGACGACAGCCUGCACAUCUUUCUUGAAAAGUUUUUCUUCCUUCCUCAUCUCUUAUCCUUGUAUAAAUUAAUAUAAUAUAUUUUUUUAAUUGCACCUUUAGAAUACCUUUAGGGUAUUGAGCUUUCGAUGUCUCUAGGGGUAUUGAGCCUUGGCAGAGGCUUUUCUAUCACAUAUUCUUCAUCAAUUGUGAUCAAUGAAUUGAGCUAUAACCCUUUGCAAUUUAAUAUAAUUUACCUUUGAUCA